GUAAUAUUCUAGCGAAAUCGAUAGGCCAGAGACGAGCAGGCGUGACGGGAGGAGGCGUGGCCUGAAGCGAGCUGAGUGAAUCGUGGUGCGGCGACCUUCGGCAAACGGCAAUCAAACAAGCCAUUUGAGAUAGCCAAACAAGCGCGCGGUCCAAAAAACGCGCACAAUACCCACCGUGUACUAACAACAAAUAGUAAAUAAGCCAAGGCAUCUAAGUACGGCAGCAGCAUGGAGAUCAGGCGCACCCCGCUGCCUUGGAGUCCGGUACUGGCACUGAUACUGCUGAUGCUGCUCGGCCUCACCGUGGAUUUUGGAGUUUUGGCCAAGGGCGCCAGCAAUCAGACCACCUCGCAGACCUGGCACCACCAGCAGCACUAUCCGAAUCAGCUCAAUGCAUCGCAAUCGCUGUCCGAUGAAGAGCCAGCGCUUUUGGAGCCAGACACCAGCUCAGCAAUUGUUAGCUCGCCCCAUGAGAAGCAUUUAACGCGCACCUCGGUCAUAUUUGGGCUAACUAAAGUGGCCAAUGAGAGCAGCGUUAGCCAGAAGUGCCACGCGCAGUUGCGGCAAGUGCAGCGUGGCAUACUUGGCAAGCAGCCAUGGGCCAUGAAGGUUUUGGACGCCUCCGGAACGAAGCCCUCCGGAUUCGUGUACGGCCAGAACUACUGGCUGGGCAGCAGGGAGGCCUGUCGAGGGGUUCAACGUCCCGUCGGAAUAACCCUCUCAAAGAACUUCGACAGAGUUAUGCACUAUGGGAUUAUCACACAACAAGCACCUUUUGACAUGGACUAUCGGGUCAUAUACCUGCGCCACAGCUCACCCUGGCAGGUGGAGAUCAAGCUGAUGUCCGAGCAGAUCAUUCACAUCGGCCUGUGCCUGCCCAGCUCCUGCAGCUCGGAGGAGGUAAUGAGCUUGGCACAGGACUAUGUCACUGCCGGAAUGUUCGCAGAGAACGAGAUCUAUGACAUCCGCCCGGAGGUGGUCUACAUGAAGGAUCUUCAACUAAAAGAGGCCUUCUUUGAGAGAGCCAGCUUCCGGCUGGUGGUGGCCUGUAUCCUAGCCACGGGCGCCCUGAUGCUCUGUGCCCAGCAGCUUACGGCGUCCAAGAAGCUGGCGCCCUUAGCCGAUGAGCCCGAUCCGGGGCUGGCACCCGCCGAAUCAGAGCUGUGGCGAGCCCUCCAUUCCAUGUUGCAGUGGGAGAAGUUCCAGAAGUUCGUACCCUGCUGGGAUGUGCCAGCCAACUGGGCCAAAAUAUUCUCCGUUCGCGAGAACGGUCCCAACGAAAUCCCUCUGAUGAACGGCCUGCGUUCAGUAUGCGCCAUCUGGAUCAUGGUCUUCCAUGUGGUCUGGUUCAUGUACUUCACAGUUCACAACAAGACGGUGCUAAUUUCUUACGCCGAGCAAGCGUUUUUCCAGUACGUUUCCUCGGCACCUCUUCUGGUCGAUGUCUUCUUCACAAUCAGUGGCUUCUUGCAAACCUACAACUUUCUGCGAAACUCUCAGCAACUGGAGGCAGUGCGUCGCAAUGGCUUUGGCCAGAAUCUGAAGCUCUUUGGCAAGCUGCUCUUCCACCGAUACCUCCGCUUGGGACCUCUGUACCUAGUGGUGAUGGCCACUGUGGACCUGGUCUAUGCCUAUAUUGGAGACGUUUCCGUUUACCACAUCAACGAGCGGUUCGACGAAAUGUGCUCCAGUCACUGGUGGCGGAAUCUGCUCUUCAUCCAGAAUCUGUUCGAUCACCGGGAUAUGUGCGCCAACUGGAGCUGGUCGUUGGCCUGCGAAAUGCAGUUCUUCAUCCUAGCCAAUGCUCUGCUGUUCCUAUAUGUCAAGCAUCCUAAGAUAGCCAAAUCCAUUGUGGCCUCUUUAUUCGUGGCCACCAUUGCCUGGUCCUACAGCAUCGGCCUGAGCAUUAAGUUCCAGCUUUCCUUCGAUGCUGCCUUUGCCACCGGCACUGAGAUCUACACGUCUCCCUUCGUCCGAGUCCUGCCCUAUAUCCUGGGAGCAGCCACAGCCUGGUGCCUGGCCAAAAACAAGAUCCAGGUGGAUCUGAGUGAGCCCAAGGAGCGCUGCUGCUGGCAUUUCGCAUUGUUCGUGUUCUUCGCUUGCAUUUACUCGACCGUGAAGCGCGAUUUGGGAUACUUCAUGUCCAUCAGCCUGUUUGUUUUCGGGCGCUUCUUCUUCUCCUUGAGCGUUUGCUGGAUGAUUGCUGGCAGUGCCCGGGGGCGGGGGGUGUGGUGGUCUCGACUCCUGGAGGCCAAGGGCUUCCAGCACGUCAGUAGGCUCUCCUAUGCCAUUUACCUCCUCAACCCACUGGUCAUUGCCUUGUUCUUCAGCUUGACAAACGCCAGUACGCACGCAGAUCCUUUUAUGCUGUGCGUUGUCACCUGCGGCUUCGCAGUCAUCGUCUACCUGGCCUCCAUCCUGUUUUCCCUUGCCUUCGAACUGCCCUUCAGCAAUCUGUCCAGCUUGCUGCUGAGGAGCACCAGCAAACCGAAAAGUGCCUAAAAGAUGCUAGCCCUAAGUUAGAUCCUUAAGGUCAACGCACACGCCUCCAUCUGACAAUUGUGAUCGCUUUCAUGUACAACAACUCAUCAUAAUCAAAGCACUAGGCUUAGUCUUGUCUUAGUCAAUAUUUCAUGUACUACCUAUAUAUCUUGUAUAUCGGUGGCCACUUUACAUAAUAAGCUAACCCUGUAGCAGUAGAUUCACACUGACAUACGUAUUAUAUAUAAUAUUUUAUG